AGCUUUCGAGAGCAGUCAGUGCGGCGAUGUCGACGACGAACGACGCUUCGAGGGGGCAGCAGCACCAGCAUCUACACAGACGGUGCUGCUUCCUCCUGUUGCUGCUGCUCCUGCUUCUGACGUGGUUCGGUGCUUCGCCCGCGUCCGCGGCUCUCCGCGCGUCAUCCAAGGAUCAGCCCACCCAGCAGCAUCACGGCAAGGAACCAGGCGGCGGCGGCGGCGGCGGUCCUGGUCAUGGCAAGCUCAAGGAGGACCCCGUCAUAGAGGAGGUGACGAGCAAGCAGCUCGAGAGGCUCCUCAAGGAGAAGGACUUUGUCGCCGUUUACUGGUAUGCGAGGAGUUGCACCACGUGCGACAAGGUGCUGGCCGAGCUCGAAAAAAUCGACGAUGACACGGACACCUUCGGCGUGGACUUUGUCAAGAUCAACGACAAGCGGCUGGCCAAGCAGUAUGGCAUCAAGACCUUUCCCGCGCUCACCUACUUCCGCGAGAAGGAGCCCAUCAUCUACGAGGGUGACUUGAUGGACGAAGAAAACGUCCUCGAGUUCCUCACGAGCCUCGAGGCCAUGGACUUGCCCGACAGGAUCGAGGAGGUCAACGCCAAGAUCCUCAGCAAGAUCGUCGAAGACGCCGACUUUGUUGCCGUUCUCUUCUGUCCGGGAGCGGAGAGAUGCGCUGGCGCCGACUUUAACAAGCCAGAUUGCAAAAAGUGCGCGAGAGCCCUCCAGGAGCUGGAGAACAUCGACGACGAGGCCGAUCAGCUGGGCAUCGGAUUCGUCAAGAUCGCAGACGAACGACUCGCCGAGGAGUACAAUCUCGGACCGCUUCCCGUUCUGGUCUACUACAGACAUCAGAUCCCGAUUGUCUACGAGCAGGAAUUGAGCAGAGAAGAGGACGUACUCGAGUGGCUGAUAGCGAACAAGAGCACGGGCGACGAGGAGGACGUGAUCGAGGACGUCACGGCCAAGACGCUCACCACCCUUAUCGGCAACAUUGACAAUCUGGUUGUUCUCUUCUACGAUCACGGAGAUGAGGAUUCGAUGCAGGUGCUCACGGAACUGGAGAAGAUCGACGACGACUGCGACAAGCACGGGAUCCAAUUCGUCAAGAUCGACGACGUUAAGGCCGCCAAGGAGUUCGGCAUCGACUCCAUCCCGGCAAUCGUCUACUUCGAGAAACAACUGCCGAACGUCUACGACGGCGAUCUUCAGAACGAGGACGAAAUUCUGGAGUGGCUGCUGUCGCAACUGGAGAAGGACGAGAUCGAGGACGUCACCGACGAGAUGCUGGAUCGUCUCGUGAAGGAGGGAAAAACCCUCGCCGUUCUGUUCUAUGACAACAAUGACCGAAAAUCUCAGCGGGUGCUCAACGAGCUUGAGAACAUCGACGACGAGUGCGAUCAGUUGGGAGUGGUUUUCGUGAAAAUCGACAACGCCGAGGAGGCCAAGGAGUACGGAAUCGAAAAAAUACCGAGCCUGCUGUACUUCGAGAAGGGUAUCCCAACGCUGUUCGAGGGAAAUCUCGAGGACGAGGAGAAAGUGCUCAAGUGGCUGGACAGCCAGCAGAAGAGCGACCACAUCGAGGACAUCACCGACGAGAUGCUGGACAUGGUCAUCGACAAGAUGCCGCACGUCGCUGUCUUAUUCUAUGACAAAGACCAAAAGAAGAGCGCCAAAAUUCUGGCAGAACUCGAAAACAUCGACGAUGACUGUGACGAGCACAACAUCGCCUUCGUCAAGAUCGACGACGCCGAGGAGGCUAAGGAAUACGGCAUCGACCAACUGCCGACUCUGGUGUUGUUCGAGAGGAAGAUACCCCAUAUUUACGAUGGGGACCUGAUGAACGAAGAUCAACUGCUGGGCUGGCUCCUGCACCAGAAGAAACACAGUGAGAUUCCCGAGGUCACCGACGAGAUGAUGGAAAAACUCAUCGAGACCACCCCGUAUCUCGCAGUUCUGUUCUACGACAAAGACGACAAGCAGGACAUUCGAAUUCUGAAUGAACUGGAGAACAUCGACGACGAGCUGGAAAAGGAGGGUAUCGUCAUCAUCCGCAUAGACAACGACGCUGAAGCCAAGGAGUACGGAAUCGAUCAUCUGCCGACUCUGGUCUACUUCGAGGACAAGAUCCCAGCGCUCUACGAAGGCGAUCUUCUCAACGAGGACGAGGUUCUCAAGUGGCUCAUCGAGCAGAAGAACACCGCUACCAUCGAGGAAGUCACCGAUGAAAUUCUCAAGGACCUCAUCGACGAGCACGAAUACGUCGUUGUCUACUUCAGCGGAAACUGCGAAGACGGCGACGAGUGCGAGACGGUGCUCAAGGAGUUGGAAAACAUCGACGAUGAACUUGACGAGACCGGCAUUGUCUUCGUUACGACCGAAGACACUGGCCUAGCCAAGAAACACGGAAUCAAAAACCUGCCAACUUUGGCUUUCUUCCGUAACAAAGAGCCGCUCAUUUACAAGGGCGAUAUCGAAGACGAAGACGAAGUGCUCUCCUGGCUCACCGAUGAGAACACUCUCGAGAUCCCCGGCAAAAUCGAGGAGGUCAACGCCAGGAUGUUGGAGAACAUUCUCGAUGAGAACGACUACGUCGUCGUCUUCUUCUACAAAGAAGGAGACAAGAAGAGCCAGAAGAUUCUCCAAGAGCUGGAGAACAUCGACGAGGAGUGCGAAGAGAAAGACAUCGACUUCGUGAAAAUCUCGGACGAGGGAAUCGAAAAGGAAUACGAUCUGCCAAGUCUGCCAGCUUUGGCCUUCUACCGACACAAGUUCCGCCAAGUUUACACGGGCGACAUGAUGCACGAAGAGCAGAUUCUCGACUGGGUUCUUGACCUGCGCACAUCGACACCGGACGUCAUCGAAAGCGUCGACAGAAAGACUCUACAGGUCCUCAUCAAUGAUGUCGAACAUCUAGCUGUAUUCUUCUACGACGAUGACUGUGAAUCAUGCAAGGAGAUCCUGGAAGAGCUUGAAACCAUCGACGACGACACCGACAAACAUGGCAUCCAGUUUGUCAAGUCAAAGGAUGCGAAACUCGCUGCUGAGAUCGGAAUCUUCUCCUUCCCAGCGCUCGUUUACUACGAAACCGGUGUGCCCAUCAUGUACGACGGUAAUCUUCUCGACGAAGCCGAAGUCUUGGACUGGAUGGUGAGGCAGAAAAAUGACGCGAGUAUCGAAGAGAUCGACCGAGAUACCCUCGCCAAGUACAUCGAAACUAAGGAAUUUCUCGGCGUCGUUUUUUACAAGGAUGAGGAGCCCGAGAGUCCUCGGAUCCUGCGGCACAUCGAGCUGAUCGACGACGAGGCCUCGGAGUACGGGAUAAAGAUCGUGAAGAUGAGCGACCGUCUGAUGGCGAAGAAGUACGGCUUCCGCAACCCUCCGGGCAUCACCUACUUCCGCAAAGGUAAGUACAUCAACUACGACGGCGACAUCGACGACGAGGAGGAGAUCCUCGACUGGCUGACCAACCCCGAGAACAUGGAGCUGAACGACCACAUCGAGAGGGUCAACCGCAAGAUGUUCCAGAAGAUCCGACAGAACUCGGACUACGUGGCCGUCUUCUUCUACAGCAACGACUGCAAGCAGUGCAGCCGGGUGUUGAGCGAGAUCGAGCACAUCGACGACGAGGCCGACGGCGCCGGGAUCAACUUCGUCAAGAUCGACGACAAGCAGCUGGCCAAGGAGUACGGCGUGUUCGCGCUGCCCGGUAUCCUCUUCUUCAAGCUCGGCUCUAAGGAACCGGUCAUCUACGCAGGUGACCUGUACGACGAGCAGCAGAUCCUCCAGUGGCUGAUGACCCAGAAGGAUCCGUCCGGCGAGAUGAUCGAGGAGAAGGAGGGAGAGGACCUGCUCAACAUGAUACGCGAAUCCGAAUCCCUUGCCGUGUACUUCUGGAACAAAACUUUCUGCGACAUAUGCCAAUCUAAAGCCUAUCGCAAGCAGAGGCGCCACAAGGAACAGAUGCUCGCCGGAGGAGAGGGACAGGAGGAAGAGCCGCCCGCUGAUAGCGAUGAUUGCGAGCAUUGCGCUGGUAUUCUCGAGGAGCUGGAGAACAUCGACGACGACUGCGACAGACACGGCAUCACCUUCGUAAAGACCGAAGAUUUCAAAGUCGCGGAAGACUACGGAGUGACGGACUUCCCGGUGCUGGUGUACUACGAGAAUCAGAUACCGAACGUCUUCGAGGGCAACCUCGCGGAGGAGGAGGAGGUGCUCCAGUGGCUGAUAACGCAGAAGACGGAGGAUCGCAUCGAGUUGAUAACUCGCACCAUGCUCGAGUCCUUCGUCGAGGACACGCAGUAUCUGGCCGUCUACUUCUACAAGCAGAACUGCUUCAUCUGCGACGAGAUCCUCGAGGGCCUGGAGAAGGUCGACGACGAGUGCGACGUCUUCGGGAUCCACAUGGUCAAGAUACAGGAUCCCCAGCUGGCCAAGCGAUACUCCAUCAAGACCUUCCCGGCCCUGGUCUACUUCAGGAACGGCAAUCCGCUGCUGUUCGAGGGCGACCUUCAGAACGAGGAGUCGGUGCUCGAGUGGCUGAUAGACGACGACAACCGCGAGCUGGCCGACGAGAUCGAGUCGGUGAACGGGCGGAUGCUGGAGAGGCUGCUCGAGGAGUCGCCCUUCCUCGCGGUCUUCUUCUACGACGAGGACUGCCCCGAGUGCGAGGAGAUCAUGGAGGCCCUGGAGAAGAUCGACGGGGAGGCCGAUCUCUUCGGGAUCGACUUCGUCAAGGUGUCGGCCCCCGAGGCCGCCGAGAAGUACGGCAUCCUCAACGUGCCCUCGCUCGUCUACUUCCGCAAGAAGACGGCCCUGAUCUACGACGGAGACCUCACCCAGGAGGACAAGAUCCUCCAGUGGCUCACCUCCCAGGACGUCUUCGAGAUCAAGAACGAGAUCGAGGAGGUGAACAAGAAGAUGCUCGACAAGCUGCUCGACGAGAACGAGUUCCUCGCCGUGUUCUUCUACGAGCACGGCGCGAGGGAGAGCGAGGAGGUGAACGAGAGGCUGGAGAACAUCGACGGCGAGACCGACAACCUGGACAUCACCUUCGUCAAGAUGGCCGAUCCGCGCUACGCGAGGAAGUGGGGCGUGACCAAGCUGCCCGCGAUAGUCUACUUCCGCAAGCGGUUCCCCAGCAUAUACAGAGGCGACCUGAGGAAGGAGGAGGACGUGCUCGAGUGGCUGCGCAAGAACCGCUUCCGACAGCCCGAGCUCAACAUCUACAUGUACAUGCUGAUAGCCGUGGCGAUACUCUUCGCCAUGUACACGGGCUUCCUGCUCUCGUGCUUCCGCACGGAACCAGCUCCGCCGGCUCCUCAUCCCAAACAAGCGUGAUCGCAUCAUCGGCUGCUGCAGGCUCGACGUAUACUCGAAGAAUCACAUGUUACUUGUGCACACAUUUGAUAUACAAUAUACGAGAAAAGCGAUAAAGCACGCAAGCGUUAUCUCUACCUUCAUUCUUCUCUCCGAUAGUCUCUCUCUCUCUCUCUCUCUCUCUCUCUCUCUCUCUCUCUCUCUCUCUCUGUAUACAUUUUGAUGCUACUCUGAUGCUAAAACUGUUUAUUAAAUUUUCUCGAUCGCUCUAUGCGGCCCGCGGCUAUCUUACGACCCUCUACCCUCUAUAUAUCCAUCUCUGAUAAUCACACGCGCAAAUUCCAUGAAAAAAACAAAAAAAACAAAAAAAAAAAAA